GAGCUCGGGGCCUUCGGUAGGACCUGGGCAGCCUGAGAAAGGCUGGAUGAAAUGAACAACAGGAACAUGGCACGGCUCUGGGGGCUCCUGGUGCUCAGCUUGUCCUGUCUGCAAAGCCCCUGCUCCAUGUUCUCCCCUGUGAGCACUACGGAUCUCCCAAGCCAGCAGCCGAUGAGUGAGCAGGCCCAGCAGAAGCUGCCUCCACUUGCCCUCCUCAAGUUGGGCAACCAGGAUCUUGGUGGCCACGCUACCCUGGAGAGGUCCCCAGGAGACUGCAAGAGUCCCCCAACUGCAGAGGAGACUCACAGGCUAUCUCAGGCCAUGAUGGCUUUUACUGCUGACCUGUUCUCCCUGGUGGCCCAAACGUCCACCAGCUCCAACCUGGUCCUGUCACCGCUGAGUGUGGCCCUGGCACUCUCUCACCUGGCACUAGGUGCUCGGAACCAAACGCUACAGAGCUUGCAACGAGUAUUGCACGUGAACACCGGAUCCUGCCUUCCUCAUCUGCUGAGCCAUCUCUGCCAGAACCUAAGCCCUGGGACAAUCCGACUGGCUGCCAGAAUAUACCUGCAGAAGGGGUUUCCCAUUAAAGAGGAUUUCCUGAAGCAGUCGGAACAGCUCUUUGGUGCAAAGCCUGUGAAACUGACUGGAAACCAGGAGGAAGACCUGGCGAACAUCAACCAAUGGGUGAAGGAGGCCACGGAGGGGAAGAUUGAGGAUUUCCUCUCUGAGCUGCCAGAUAACACCGUGUUGCUUCUCCUCAAUGCCAUCCACUUUCAUGGUUUCUGGAGGACCCAAUUUGACCCAAGCCUCACCCAGAAAGACUCCUUCCACCUGGACGAGCAGUUCACAGUGCCCGUGGACAUGAUGCAGGCACAGUCAUACCCUCUGCGCUGGUUCCUCCUGGAGCAACCUGAGAUACAGGUGGCUCAUUUCCCCUUUAAGAACAACAUGAGCUUUGUGGUCAUGAUGCCCACUCAUUUUGAAUGGAAUGUGUCUCAGGUACUGGCCAACCUGAGCUUGGACACUCUGUAUCAUCCCUCACUGCGGGAGAAGCCCACCAAGGUGCGGCUGCCUAAACUCCACCUGAAGCAGCAGCUGGACUUGGUAGCCACCCUCAGCCAGCUGGGCCUGCAGGAAUUGUUCCAGGGCCCAGACCUGCGUGGGAUCUCUGACCAGAGUCUGGUGGUGUCUAGCGUACAGCACCAAUCUACCAUGGAACUCAGUGAGGCUGGCGUGGAGGCAGCCGCAGCCACCAGCACAGCCAUGAAUCGAAUGUCCAUCUCCUCCUUUGCUGUGAACCGACCCUUCCUCUUCUUCAUCAUGGAGGACGCCUUAGGCAUGCCCCUCUUUGUGGGCAGCGUGAGGAACCCCAACCCCAGUGCACAGCCCCAGCCCCAGGAACAGCAAGAUUCCCCUGACAACCGGGUCUUCCGGCAUGAAAAAGCUGACUUUCAUGGAGACAAGACCUUUGGUCCUGAUUUGAAACUUGCACCCCCCUUGGAUGAUGAUUACCCCCAGUUUAGCACCCCCAAGUGAGGAGGGCCCCUGUGCAGCAGCAUCCUGAGUCCCCACCUGGAUCAGCCUCUCAACUCCUGUGAC